UGAAAAGGUAAUCCGAAUUCUGAUACCACGCAAGAUGAAUACAGUAAUAUUAUUUUUGUUAUUCUCAACUGUUCCCACAUAUUCGAGGAAGCUGAUAAGAACUCUCACAAUUGACUAUGUUAACAUAUCUUACUGCAAUCCUGAGUAUAUCAUUUCUAAAAUUGAAAUGAAGAAACUGGACAGAAGGACGUUCAGCAUGAAUAUUUCAGUAGAUGUCUUUCGUGAUGUAACGGAUAUGAAGGGCUCUAUCAGAAUAUUCAAAUUUUCGGAUAACGUUUAUAAGGAAACAGCAUUAAAAUACUCUGGAGAUUUAUGCACGUUGUUGGAUAUGUUACGUCAAAAAUAUAAAAUUCACAUGAAUGAACAAUUCAAACAUUUUUUCACAAAAUGCCCCAUUAUGAAGGGACAUUACUACAUGCACAACUUCAAUGGAAAAGAUUUAGGGGUUCCAAUUAUUCCACAAUGGAAGACGAGAACUUUUAUUGAGGUUGAGUCGAACAAUGUGUUAAUAGGUAAAGUUUACGCAGAUAUUACCGUUAUUGACGAAUGAAUACAUUAUUGAGAAAAAAGAAAACAAUAAUAAUGACCGCAGCAUCCACAUAUUGUACC